GCACGUGCGCUGAUCUCGUAAAUAGCGGUAUUCCUGACUGCACGAGAAGGCACCACAAGUCCAUCCUCCCCAUCAGCAGUCCGGUCAACAACAUUUCUCCAGGAGGACUCGGCAGCAAACUUCACCGACUCACCGCACUUUAACAGCCCCGACAUGGAUGCCCUCAGGUCGGCAGGGAGAGCUAUUAUCCGGAGCCCCAGUGUGGCGAAGCAGUCCUGGACUUCGGGCAGACACAAAAAGCUUCCUGAAAACUGGACUGACACAAGGGAGAUGAUCUUGGAGGGCAUGACCUUUAACCUUCGUCACCUGGGCAUGACACUAGUGGACCAGCCCAAGGGCGAAGACCUUUCAGCUGCUGCCGUGAAGAGGAUUGUGGCCACGGCUAAAGCCAGUGGGAAGAAACCUCAGAAGGUUGCGUUCAAGGUUUCCCCUCAGGGAAUAGUCCUGUACGAAAACUCAAGCAAUAAACUCCUGGAAAGUGUCUCCAUAUACAGAAUAUCCUACUGCACAGUGGACAAACUGCAUGAUAAAGUAUUUGCUUAUAUUGCUCAAAACGCCCACAAUGGGACCCUGGAGUGUCACGCCUAUCUAUGCUCCAAGAGGAAAGUGGCUCAGGCAGUGGCGUUGACAGUAGCCCAGGCCUUCACAAUAGCUUUUGAACUGUGGCAAGUCACCAAAGAAGACAAAGGCAAGAGAGUGAAGUCUGGUUCAGCUGGAGAGAGCAGCAGUAGCUCUCAUUCAGAGAGGUCCAACAGCUUGGGGAGCCUGAAGGGGACAGAUGUUGCCACAGACAACCUAUUGGACCUUGAGGAUGGUGUGCAUGUUGCAGUGGAGACCAAUGGAAAUGUAGAGGAGGAUCAGCUGGAUAACCAUGUGCCCUCUGAGACCAAUAACAACCCUGCCUGGGAAAUAGAAGAUGGUUUGGAUGAGGCAUUUUCCAGCCGCACUUUGGAUAGAUAUGAUUCAUUUCCAGGCUGGCAGUGUCACGUACUAACCCCCAGGUCCUGGACAUUGGGGUGACGCCCCAAGAUUGGCUGGCCGAGCCCGACUCGGAGAACGCCAGUGCAAACGCUCCCCGCGGUCUCAGCCCGUUCAGAGACGAUAUCUUCGCCUUCUGACAGCGUCACGUCUUUGUCUUCCUCUAAAAUAACAUGGCGCCACUGUGUAUUUUUAAAGGCUGCAGCAAGUCGAUAAGGGAUAGAAGUAUAAAACUGAGAUAACGUUUGGCCUUCUCAGUUUGUUGGUGCUCUUGUUACAUGGACGGUUCUUCGGACACAGCACAGGCCACUGCUCCUGCACACCAAAGCAAUAAGAUUUUCCUUUAAGGUUACUACAUCUCUCCUGUAUUUACACCUGACAUGUUCUCCAAGUCAUCUUUUUGACAGUAUUCGUUGUCCUCUGUUUACCCUCGUGUUUUUUCUGUACUUGUGCCAUCAUAAUCUGUGUUGUAAAUGUGUUUAGUUAUAAUUUAUAGUUUUAUAAUUAUUUUUUUACGGAUAAAGACGAGUAGGAUUUAAUACAGACUGACAACAUUAAUAAGAGCAGGACAAUCAUUCUAUGCUACAUCUUUAAGAGGAAAAUGACCUAAUGGUUGCUUAGUAUUCAGGCACAGCAUUGGUUCAAUUGGCUGAUGUGAGGAGUUGGAUUUCCACCUUGGAUGUAAACAGAAAGUUGUUUUAUUUUCUAGAAUCUAAAAAUGGAUGUAGGUGUUGUGUUUUACUCAAUGGACACUGGGCUCAUUGAAGCCAUGUUGUUACAGGCACUUGUGCUCUGCAGUGUAACACCAGUCUCUUAAAUGAAGCCCAUGUGCCUUCAUACUCUGGUGUCACCAUUACAAUGUAAACUAUAAUCAGCAGUUUAUAGAAAUAAAAUGUAUUCAUGAAACUGUA